CAAGGAUAUAUCCCUUAAAGCAAACCUGUACUAACUAGAUUCCAAUACCAUGCUCUAUGUGGAGAUCUUUGAUGCCUUUGGUGACCUUUUAAUCGGCUGCUGCAAGAAGUACGCCGUGUGCUGGAUCAUCCUGGCGGUGGCCGUUGUGGGCGUUACCCUGGGCCUGGUCUUCGGUCUUCGUGGCAAGACGGAGGAGCCCCGCAGAAUGGGUGCCGUGGCCUCCAAUGGCAUGGGCUGUGCCGAGGUGGGUGGCAACAUUCUCGACAUUGGUGGCUCUGCUGCAGAUGCCGCCAUUGCCACCAUGCUGUGUGAGGGUGUUAUGCUGCCGCAUAGCUUGGGUGUGGGCGGUGGCUUUGUGGCCACCAUAUACUCCAAGGAGACGGGCUUCAUUGAGACGCUAAUAGCCAGGGAAACGGCGCCGGCAGCAUCCUCGCAGGAUAUGUUUGUGGGUCGUGAGAUAACGGGUGCCAUUUCCAGUGCCAUUCCCAGUGAGAUUUAUGGUUAUUCCAAGCUUCAUGACAAAUACGGCAGGUUGCCCUGGAAGAUGCUCUUCCAGCCGACAAUAGAUCUUUGUAGGCGUGGCAUUGAGGUGUCCCGUUAUUUGGCCGGUGUCCUGGAACGCGAAGAGGAGCGUAUUAGGAGUGAACCCUCCAUGGCGGAGAUUUUUAUCAAUCCCAAGACAGAUGAAGUGUACAAGCAGGGAGAGAUUAUGUACCGUCACCGGUUGGCCGAGACUUUGGAGAUUGUGGCCGAAGAGGGUGCCCAGGUGAUAUAUGGUGGCGGCAGGGUGGGCCGUAAGCUGGUGGAGGAUAUCCAAGAGAUGGGCGGUAUCAUUACCGAGGAGGAUCUCCAAAAUUAUGAUGUUCGCUGGGAACUGCCAUUGCAUUCCCGCUUUAAUGGUGGCUACGAACUGUUUACCUCUCCACUGCCCACCAGCGGAGCUGUCCUCACCUUCAUCCUGAAUGUGAUGGAACCCUUGUUUACCAGCAACACGGACAAGUACUGGCAACGUCUCAUCGAGACCUUCAAGCAUGCCUAUGGGCAUAGGACCAACCUGGGUGACAUACACUUCGAACCGGAUGUCCAGGAGGUGUACGAGAACCUCAUCGAUCCGGCCUUUGCCGCCGAGAUCCGUAAACUGAUCCGGGAUAAUACCACCUUCAAUGACAUGGCCUAUUAUGGUGCCAACUUUACCAAUGUCGAGGAUCAUGGCACAGCGCAUAUUUCGGUGCUGGCACCCAAUGGCGAUGCCAUUUCGGUCACAAGUACCAUAAAUAGCCACCUGGGUGCCAAGGUAAGAUCCCGCCAGACGGGCAUAAUACUCAACGACGAGAUGGAUGACUUUAGUACGCCGGGCAAGGUGAAUACCUAUGGUAUACCCGCCAGUCCGGCCAACUACAUUAAGCCGGGCAAGAGGCCCAUUUCCUCCACCUGCCCCAGCAUCGUUCUGGACACGCACGGCAAUGUCAAAUUGAUUGUGGGCGGUGCCGGUGGCUCAAAGAUCACCACCUCAGUGGCCCAAACUAUUCUACGUUACUUUGUGCUCAAUGAGCCCAUUGAAAGGGCAGUGAAUGCGGGCCGUUUGCAUCAUCAGCUGGCACCGAUGACUAUCGAUGUGGAGCCGGAUGUGCCCAGGCAUACGGUGGCCUAUCUGCGUGCCAUCGGUCAUGAGAUCAAUUUCCUGGAGAACGACAAAGCCUAUUCGGCACAAACGGCCAUUGGGAUAAUGAGCAGUGAGCCGCAUCCUGUCUGUGAUCGAAGAAGAGUGGGCAGUAGUGCCGUUGUCGUGGAGCCGGAGCGUUUGGAUUGAGUCCGGAGUUUUGGACUCGGAAGGAAGGAGCCUAAGUAGGUCACUCAUCAACAGAAGUUUUUUAAGAUAAAUCUAUUGUAUAUAUUAUUAAUUCACUUUACUAAAACUUGUUUUUAUGUUUU